AUGUCAUUUAAUAGAGAAUCCGAUAAACAAUUAAAAUUCAAAACAUCCAAGAAACUUAAAAUUUCAUCUAGUUUUGAAUCUAUGAAAUUAAAAGAUGAUUUACUUCGAGGUAUUUAUUCUUAUGGAUUUGAAGCGCCAUCUGCUAUUCAAUCUCGUGCCAUCACUCAAAUAAUAUCAGGUAAAGAUGUAAUUGCUCAAGCACAAUCUGGGACAGGUAAAACAGCUACUUUCACCAUUGGUAUGUUACAAGCCAUUGAUUUAAAAAAUAAAGAUUUACAAGCAUUAAUAUUAUCACCCACAAGAGAAUUAGCUAGUCAAAUCCAUCAAGUAGUGAGUAAUCUAGGAGAUUAUAUGAAUGUUCAAUCGUUUGCCAUUACAGGUGGUAAAACCAUGAAAGAUGAUAUUAAAAAGAUACAAAGGAAUGGUUGUCAAGUAGUUAGUGGUACACCAGGUAGAGUCUUAGAUAUGUUUAAAAGACAAAUGUUGAAAAGUAGGAAUAUCAAGAUGUUAAUAUUAGAUGAAGCAGAUGAAUUAUUAAGUGAAACAUUAGGUUUUAAACAACAAAUUUAUGAUAUUUUCACAAAACUUCCACCAAGUUGUCAAGUUGUUGUGGUAAGUGCCACUAUGAAUAAAGAUAUUUUAGAAAUUACUAAAAAAUUUAUGAAUGAUCCCGUGAAAAUUUUGGUUAAAAGAGAUGAAAUAUCAUUAGAGGGGAUUAAACAAUAUUAUGUUAAUGUGGAAAGAGAAGAAUGGAAAUUUGAUACUUUAUGUGAUUUAUAUGAUUCCUUAACGAUAACGCAAUGUGUUAUAUUUUGCAAUAGUAAGAAAAAAGUGGAUUGGCUUUCACAAAAAUUAAUUCAAAAUAAUUUUGCGAUUGUUUCCAUGCAUGGUGAUAUGGAACAAGAUGAAAGAGAUCGAGUGAUGAAUGAAUUUAGAACGGGGCAAUCAAGAGUAUUAGUCUCUACGGAUGUUUGGGCACGUGGGAUUGAUGUUCAACAAGUAUCAUUAGUUAUUAAUUAUGAUUUAUGUGAGAACUUGGAAAAUUAUAUUCAUCGUAUUGGUAGAAGUGGGAGAUUUGGUAGAAAAGGUAUUGCUAUUAAUUUUAUUACCAAGAAUGAUGUUUUACUUUUAAAACAAAUUGAAAAAAUUAUCAAAUUAAGAUAA